CCACCGCGAGCAACAAUAAGUAUCAGCGAAGUAAAACUCAGCUUGUGCGCGAAAUUACCUUCAAUCAAAUUAAUAAAUCCACUAAACGGCAGAGAGAUCGUGUUAAUAUUAGACUCAGGAGCAGGACCGAACUUAUUAAAAGAAAGCGAAUGCAUAGAAAGCGUCAAAAUUAAUAAAAAAGCUAUAAUUAAAUUAAGAGGCAUCACAGCAGGAGUAACGCAGACGCUCGGCACACUCACAUUAUACUUCGCGCAUUUUAAAAUAGAAUUUCAUUUGGUGAACAACGAUUUUCCAAUAAAAGAAAACGGACUGUUGGGGUGCGACUUUUUCGCACAAUCGGGAGCAAGUAUCGAUUACAAAAAUAAUUGCUUAAAAAUCGGAGAACAUAUGAUCGCGUUCACUAAUGAGGUAUAAGGGAAGAAAUCACGGAAAUCGAGUUGAGCGAAAAAACAGAGACCGAACACAAAGAAACGGAACAGAGCGCGCUAAUAACAAAAAAUUCAAAUCAAAUUACUCUAGGGGGGAUAAAAAAUCUAAAUCAAGGAGAAAAUAGAGAGAAUAUUCUAAAUCAAGGGCGAAAUCAAGGAAAACAAGGAGCUAAAUCAAGAAAAAAAUCGAGACAAAAUCGGCGAAAUAAAAAAUCUAAAUCAAGGAGAAAAUCGACAUGAUAUCGGCGAAACCAAUAAUCGGAGUCAAGGGUGAAUUCAAGUCAAAAUUGAGAAUAGCAAAAAUCUAAAUCACGCAAGUCGAAAUCGGAAAAAAUAAAAAUCGAAAUCAAGAGCAAAAGCAAGUCGAAAUCGGAAAAGAUAAAAAUCAAGAACAAAAGCAAGUCGAAAUUGGAGAAGAUAAAAAUCGCAAUCAAGAACGAAUUCGGGACAAAAUCAGCGAAAACGAAAAUCAAAAUCGAGAACAAAAUCGGGAGCUAAUCCGAGAACAAAAUCAGGCGAGAAUCAAGGGACUAAAUCCGGAAGAAAAACUAAAUCAGGAACGAAAUCAUGGCACAGCCAAAAAUCUAAAUCGAAGUGAGGACGAAGUAAAAAAUUAAACGAACUUGAGAAGACGAGGAGAGAAAAUUCAACAGAAAAAGAAAAUGUGUUUAAAAAACUGGAAGCAAUCUUGAGAGACACGGAACGGAUCAUAAAAAAAGAGGUGCAGAUAGAGGAGAUUAUUUUUAAUAUGCACACUAAAGCAAUAAGCGUAAUCCUAAGCCUCAACAGCCUAACCGGGUACAGCUCGGUAUGUACAAGGGUAGCACUAGAAAAUAUAUUGGACGCAAUUAGGCUGGGCACCUGUCUAGAGGCGAAAUUUCACGGUAUUUUCGAAACGGCGCACGAGCAACUGUCAAAAACGCGGAGGGGCAGAACGAACGGGUAGAAGCAUGCGUAUACUGUCAACCCGUCCCGACCAUAAAUAAUGACAGGAUAAAGUGACCGAGCAACUACGCUUGGAGCAUAUUUCCUAAGGAGAAAAAACCAGGGUAUGGAGGUUAUUGGAAGAAUUCCACGACAUAUUUCAUGUAGAAGGGGAAAAACUGUCAAAAACACCGCUACUUAAAUUAACAAUACCUACAGUCGACGAGGUACCGGUAUCGACUAAGCCUUAUCGACGCUCACCCGAGGAGAGAGAAGAAUAGGAAAGACAAAUAGCAGAACUACUCAAGGACGGCAUUAUCGAAAAAUCCACGUCAUCUUUUUGCAGCCCGUGCUUUCUAGUUCCAAAAAAGCCUGACUCCAAAGGCGUUGUUAAAUUCAGACUAGUUAUCGAUUACAGUAAAGUCAAUGCUAAAACACUGAAUGAUCAAUAUCCAAUGCAAAAUAUACUUGACAUCCUCGAUCAACUCGGGUGAGCCAAAUAUUUUUCGGUUUUCGAUUUGAAGUCGGGUCAUCACCAAAUAGAAAUAGCAGAAGAGUACAGGCACAAAACGGCAUUUGCUACGCAGAGCGGACUAUAUCAUUUUACGCACGGCAGUUUCGGUCUACGCACAAUGCUGGCGACAUUUUCGCGCGCGCUUGCAAUAGCACUGGCAGGCCUUACAGGUAGCGAACUCUUCAUUUACAUGGACGACAUAAUAGUACAUUCGGAUUCAUUAGAGCAACAUUUAGAACGAAUCAGGCACUUGCUCGUAAGAUUAAGAGAACACGUAUUAAAAUUACAGGCAGAUAAAUGCGAAUUUUUAAAGAAAGAGGUAGCGUAUCUCGGACACAUAAUCUUGGAAGCGGGUGUAAAACCGAACCCUAGGAAAAUAGAAGCUGUAAAAGAAUAUCCCGCUUCUUGCAAUAAAAAGAAUAUAAAACAGUUCUUGGGCUUUGUGGGCUACUACAGGAGGUUCAUUGACAAAUUUGCAAAUAUAGCAGUACCGUUAACAGAAAUGCUGAAAAACGACGCAGCAUUUGUAUGGACCGAAAAAGCACAGAAGGCGUUCGAAAUUCUGCGCGAUAAACUGUGCGAAGAACCUAUUUUAACAUUCCCGGAUUUUAAUAAACCUUUCACGCUAGUAACUGACUCGUCGCGCUAGUAUCGGCAAUCAAACAUUUCCGGCCGUACCUAUUUGGGAGACGUUUUGACUUGAUAACGGAUAAUAUAGCGCUUCAAUGGCUGCGCACUCAUAGGGACCCGAAUUCGCGAGUUAACAGAUGGAGAUUAUUACUCGUGGAAUUCGAAUUUAACAUAAUCUGUAAACCAGGAAAAACGAACAUAGCUGACGCGCUUUAAAGAAACCCGGUAGAAAGGGUUAUAAAUAUAGUGGCGGCGGAAGAUAUAAACCAGUCACAGAGAGACAAAUCGGCGGACGACGCGGCAGGAGGCAAACCAGCCCGCGGUAAAGACACCGCGCCAACGCACACAAUGCAGACGCGCGGUCGAGGCGGAAGACUACAGGGGACAAAAUAUAAAGAAGCAAUAGCAGCCCUAGCACCAAGAAAACGCAGGCCAAAAGAAAACCGCUCAAAAGAACGGGUAGAAAAAGAUAUUUCAGGAGAAAGUCAGGAAGAAAGCCCGGAGAUAAAGCAAACCACCGUGAAGGGUCAGAACGAUGACGAGCAGCUGGGAUCGGAGGAACUCAGAAUCGAGACAACGGGGACGCGACAGGACUCAAACGAGGGGGAGGUACAAUCGGAGAGCGACAUUAGGGAAACGCAACAGGGGACCGAUGAGAGUGAAAGCGGCGACCCGGGAGAAGGGGCGGAACCCCUGAACACGACUAAAAAUGGAAGCCAACGGGAUACUCAAAACUCAGAGGAAGCCAUUACGUGCCGAGAACAAAUGUUUAUGCGGAAAGACAACUUCAUGUAAUUUAUCUCAACAAAGGGAGAGCCUUGCGAUGAAGAGUCAAGACAAUUGAAAAUUAUGGGAAAAUUAUCGAUGUUCACGCGAUUACAGAUCGGGAUUCCAGCGUCGAUACGCGUAAAUAAUAAAACGCAUAUAGCGCUUUCACUACGAGAUGAGGCGCGAAUCGGGCCGACCCUGAUACGACACAACAUCGAGAUUUUGUGCACCAAUCUAACACGAUUUCUAAAACAAGUAGACUUAAAAUCAAUAAGUAUAGCAAAAACAGAAAGAAUCGAAGAAUUGGAAUGGCUCCAUUCGCUCGCUCGCACACUAAACUGAUAAUUUGUUUGGGACUUAUAAAAUAUCCAUUGGCGGAGGAUCGCGAAACGAUAAUAAAAGCGGCGCACGCGUCAAUAAUCGGGGGACACCGCGGCGUGACAAAAACUUAUAAAAGAAUUAAACAAAACUAUUAUUGGGAAAAUUUAAAGGAAGAAAUACAAGCUUUUGUGCGAAAAUGUUUAGACUGUCAAUUAAAGAAAUUAGUUAGAAUAAAAACAAAACUUCCUAUGGUUAUCACGGACACACCAACAGUAAGCAUGGAAAAAUUAGCCAUGGACGUUGUAGGCCCUCUACCUCCUACGGAUAGUGGCAACGAGUACGUACUAACGUUUCAAGAUAAUCUGAUAAAAUUCGCGAUAGCAGAACCAUUGGGAGACAUUACGGCAGCAACGGUCGCGAACGUACUAAUACGGAAGGUCAUUUGUGUUUUUGGAGCACCGAGAGUAAUAUUAACGGACCAAGGAACAAAUUUUCUUAGCAAACUAAUGAAACGAUUUAGAAUUAAAUAAGUAAAAACGACAGCGUUUCACCCGCAGUCGAACGGGUCACUCGAACGCUCGCAUUCCAACUUGAUGGAAUACGUGAAAUUUUUCGUGCAAAAGAACAAAAGAGACUGGGACGAGUAUAUAGACUUAUCGACAUUUAAUUUUAACACCAGUGUUAGUGAGGCCACUUGGCACACGCCGUUCGAGCUCGUAUUCGGAAGAUUAGCUCGCACGCCGGAAGAAGGCGAACUUGAAGAGGAAGAUUUACUACCGACCUUUAAUGGUUAUAUGAGGGAGCUGGUGACUCGGCUUCAGUAAUCUCCAAGCGACGGCGAAAGAAAACUCGAUUAAAGCGAAGGAAAGGGCUAAACAAUAUUAUGACAGACGAGUAAACAUUAAAACGCUGUAAAUCGGAAAUCACGUGUGGCUAUUAAGCGGGCCGAAACCGCAUAAAUUCGAGGAUCAAUAUAAAGGACAAUAUACGUAUGUCGCAUAUAGAAAAUAAAAAUGAUAAGGCUAAGUAGAAUUAGAACCACGACAUAGUUGUAUGCACCUCGCAAGUAAUGCAUGAAAAGCACAGUAAAAUUCAUCCACAUUCAGCGCAAACCAUAACAAAAUCAAACACGCUAUACACGCGCAAGCCGUUCCUGCAAACAACAAGCAUGCAUGCUAUUCAUUUUACGUAAAUGUAAUAAAAAAAAACAAGCACGUCGUUUAAUGAACCAAUUACAAUGAUUACAGAUGAUAAACAUUUGGAUUUUGUGGCUAACAGCAAUUUCUCAACUUUUCAUCGAGGAUGCCGCGAUAAUAGCAUACGACUGUUCGCAGCAAGUCUCUAAUUUAACAACUUUCUCGCUAAUUAACGUCGGAGAAUGCGACAUAGAAAUGCCGGCAGUAAACACAACGCGAGUAUUCGUAAAACUAUUGCAACUAAAUGAAUUUACGAACACGCACGUAAGAUUCUGUAAAGUAGAAAUAAAGAGAACGGCAAGAACCUGCGGCGCAUUUUCGCACUCAAGCGACGUGUUUAGAGGAGAGGUCAAGUUCCUCGACGAGAUAACGGGAGAAGAGUGCAAAACAAUGCAUAGGCAUCGAACGCACAAAUUUCGCGAUGAGAUGAUUACUAACUUAAAAAUAAACGCGACUACGAUGCACCCGAUGACCUUCGCGGGAAAAAUAGAUCACGCAGGGAAUUGCGAACAAGCAGGCACGUACAUGGACCCAUACGGGGUAUACGACAAAGUAGUGAUUUCAGGAUACCUUAAAAUAACGUUAAAAGAAUACGAAGCAUCAGUUAAUUUAAAUACGAAUGAGAUAGUUUUGAGGUCAGGAACGAGGUGCACACUCACACAAGACCAAUGUAUAAAGGACGGAUACGCGUUUUGGGACCCGGUACCCCCAACGACAUGCGAGUUCAAUAAAUACGCGGAGUUAUACGCAGGCGAAGUAAAUAAAGUUACGGGCGAAGGAAACGCGCAAAGACCGGUGUAUAUUAUGGAAUCAUCGCAAGUCACGUUCGCGUUCACAGCGGUCGGCACAGUAAACGUAUGCGGAUAUGACCUUGUACGUACACAGCACCCAAAAUUAUUAUUUUUAGAAGGUCUGCAAACAGAAUACUUUCGAACUGUAAAAGAUCCGUCAGUAAAUAAUUUGGACAUAUUCGCGUAUGUAAAUUCGAGAGUAAUAGCAAACGCGCUCAGCAUCGCAGCAGCGGCACCGGAUUUAUUCGCGUAUCAAAUCACUAAAAAGAGCGGCUACAUAGGGUUAGUUGCGGGCGAAUUAGUACACUUAAAGAAAUGCGUGCAAGUGGAAGUACACCGGAGAGAAGAAAGCACUUGUUAUCAGGAACUACCUGUAAUGAAGACUUUACUCUACUAUGCCAUACACAGACUCCCUGGUGGAUUGACAUCGGGUCUUUUUGCCCCUUAUGCCGUCAGUCACACCACACUCCUCCGACCAUCGGGAGUACUAUCGUGAUUAUGACAGGCUAAGAUUUCGUCUUUGAUUCCUGGUCCCCUGUUGUUCGGGAGUCCUUCCCCAACUCCUGGAUUUAAUGUCACCACGAGUCCUGGGAGGAUCACACGGUCUGGAGGAUCUGCUCGAUCUGCCGUUGCCGCCUUGAUCAUCCACCCCACAUGAUGCGUCUCCGGGGCAAGGGUAACUGGAUUCGCAUUCCCGGCAGCAAGUGCUGUCCAGCGAUGAGCGACGCCGACUUAUUUUAAGAUUUUGUAAUUGCGUUCUGCGUGCGAUACUUUGUCAUAAUGUUUUCUAUACUGCGUGCUAUGCUUAUUGUCCGUAUUUCGUAUGAAUCUGUGUGUUAGAGUGUCGUUUUUUUGCAUUUUUAUGUACUCAUAUGUAUUUGUUUUUGUG